GACCCUCUUGCUCGAUUCCUUCCAUCGGUUUCCAGCCGGACUGUCAUGGAGAGAACGGAGAGCAAAGAAGCUGAGGAAAAAGAAAAGAAGGAAGAAGAAGACGAAGACGAUGAAGGACCGCCACCUGGUUGGCAAUCCCUCCCUCCUCCGACACAGCCGCAGCCACCAUCUGAGUUUGCUCAACUGGUUUGUGGUUCUUGCCACCAACUACUUUCAUAUCCACAAGGAGUCAGACAUGUUAAAUGCUCGUGCUGUCAAACUGUAAACUUUGUUCUUGAAGCUCAUCAGGUUGGAGUAGUUAAGUGUGGAAGUUGUGCAAUAUUGCUGAUGUACCAUUAUGGAGCUCCAUCAGUUAAGUGCUCCUCUUGCCGUUCCGUGACAGAAAUAGGGGCACACAACAAGCGGCCCCCAUGGUCUGUACAGCAAGGUCAACCAACCCCUCCAAAUACUGUCCAUUAAACUGCUUAUUCCUGUCCGCUGUCAAGGUAACCUUGAUGUUUAUUGGAUCUUAUGAUUAAUGAAUCUACAAGAAAGAGGCUUCUCAGUACUAUAGCCGAACAUAGUUUCCUACUCCCAGAGGCCUGUAGGGUUAAAUCAAAUCAUCAGUGUGCUGAAUGGAAUAGAAAGUUUUCUACUUUUCCUUGUAACCAUGUUUUAUCAAGUUAUUUACAGUUUCACUAAUUGAGAUAAACUUUCUCGUAUUUUGUAUGUUGGUUUUUUCAAGUAAAUGAAGAAUGUGAAAAUUUGAUCCUUAGCUUUUAUUUCUCUUCCUUGUGAUAUAGAAGCAAAUCAUGUAAGACCUCUAUUGAAUACAAAUACAUUAUAUAU